ACAAGUUAUUUUUCUCAAAUUAUUUAUUAUUCAAUUACAUUUUACACAUGCUCUAUAUAUGGGUUCAAGUUCAUGUAAACAAAUAUUACCGCUUCACUGUAACGUUUGCUGAUGGUCACAGUGUCAGGUCUUGUUUAGGAAUGUAGGCCAUUGCCAUAGUAAUUCAGCUUCCUCAAGCUGCACUGGGUCCGUGGUUCUGGUGAUUAACAUUAGCGUGUCACAACCCAACCCUGUCAUGGUGAUGUUGAAAAACCUAGAAAGAUAACCUCAGGGAAAAAAACAAGCUCAAGGUCAGUCAGUAAAUAAAUAAACUCCAGUUCCAAAUGAGAUUCACAGUUUAACAAAAGCUGAAUAUCAAAAUGAAAUAAUAUAGUACAUUUUAUUUAUCUUGGGUAUGUUCCAUGGGUCACUACUCUAAAUGUGUUGCACAAGCAACACAAAGAAACGGUUCAAUAAAGCCACUGAACGAUGCUCUAGUCAGAAAAAGAAAACAAACUUAUGCAAAAAAAUGUUUUCUUUUUUUACAAAUAUAAACCUGAAAGGUGUGGCAUGCUUUUUUAACCAUCUCCUCUGACCUAAUACAUUGUGCAACUACCUUUUGCUACAAUUAAAGCUAUGAAGCUUUUGCUUUAUGCCUCUACCAGUGCUGACAUUUAGAAGUGAUGUCUUUUCCCGUUUUCUUCCCUCUUUGCAAUUACUUGCAAGGAAAGUAUUUUGUAAACAAGACAAAGAUAUGGUUUUAGCUAAACUAUGGAUUGUUGAGAGGGACUUAAAGUGUUAGGCUUCUACCAAUCAUUCUGAAUGUAGGUGAAAAAGAUCAUUCUAGACUCACAUGACCUAAAGACCUUCUUCUAAAAGUCUGAAAUUUGUUCUUUAACAUGUUUUUUUUUUCUUCUCCACACUAAGCAAUUUUGCAGAGUGCAGCGGUAAUUAUGCUAUUCGCAGAUUUCAUUUAGGGCUAUCAGAGUAAUGGGGGUUGAUUUCAAACACAUGCCACACUUUUCAGAAUUUAAAAAUAAAACAUUUUCAGAACGUGUCAUCUCCUUCUACUUCACUUUGUGUUAGUCUUCCACAGAUUUGUUGUGACCUCCUACUAUUUAUUAAAAAAUAAAAUGCACCCUCUAUCUAAUCCAUGCUUUAAAACCUUAUAGGUUUUAAUUUCAGUAUUCAUCCUUUAGCAGUGCAUGACAAUUAUGUCUUUGUUUCUUCAUUUUUAUUUCUAGAUACAUUUAUGAAUGGCCUUUUAUUCCCAAAAACAUCUGCUGUUUAUUACAGUCUUGUUUAAUACAACAUAAUAAGCAACAAGGAACCAUUACAAGUUGAUAAUGGAGUCUGAAGUUCAGCUUAUUGUGCCAAAACACACGUUCCUCGGCCUGGAAAAAUGGCCCUGAUUCUUUCUACUGUAAAGAAUUUGCUUUUAGAUUUCUAUUUUCCUUUUUUGAACAGGUAGACUUGUCUGCUGCUGAUGUUUGGCAGCGUUUGGUUAAGCCCGUGUUUAUUUGUGCAUGUGUCUUUAAGAAUAUCAGUCUACCUGUGAGCAUGAUCUCCAGUCAACUUCCCAGUGAAUUUAUGGUCUUGUUAACAGUAGUUGAUGAUCAGUCGCUUCUUGUCCGCCCUCUGAAAGCAGCUGAUCCCAAAACGGGCAGCGCUGCCGUUUCUGAGUCCCGAGUGGAUGGCAUCUCUCGCUUCUUCCGUGGGAGCCCUCUCCAGCAGGAUCCAUACAGCGACAAGCUCGCUGUGACUGCGGACAUACAUGGGUGUUUCUCCGGGCGUGUAUUUCCACGCAUUUUCCUCCCCUGCGCUUGCACAGUUUCGGCAAGUGUUCGAAUCAGCGACUUGGUGUUUUUUUGUUUUUGUUUUUUUUCUCCGCGUUUUCUGAUAACUUUGCAUUUGGACACUGACAGCUCUUUUUCAAUAUUUAUUUUUUAUCAUUCGGAUUUGUGUAUCUCUGUUGGAUAUUUGCAGGAAUGGUUGGCAGGAGCGCGCCGCGUCCCCCUGCCUUUAGGAAGCAACUUCAGCCAGACGCCGCUCGCACGAUUUUUUGAAAGAAAAAGAGAAAUACACACGAGGAGGUGAUGAGCAACCACAGAGGCGGCGGAAUGGCAUCGAAGGAAAGGCUGUACGAGCUGUGGAUGUUGUAUUACACAAAGAAAGAUGUAAGCUACUUGCAGCAGUGGCUUGAGGCAUUCGUGGCAUCCUUUGAGCGGCUCAUCGAUGUACAGUCUCUGGAGCCUCGGAGGCUGGAGGAGAGCAGCUCAGAAGUGCCUCUGCUCCCCAGGGAGGUCCUGGUGUUCCUCAGCACCCAGCUAUGGCACAGCGCGUUCCACCUCUCCAGCGCCACUGAGCACAACGGCAACACGCCACACCCGCUGCUCCUUAUAAAGUUCUUUAUCAUUGUUUGCAGGAACAUGGAGAACAUCGAUCCUGAAAAGACACCCAGCUUUGUUUUUGAAACUAUCAAGCUUUUAAAUUUCUGUUUGGAGCAGCUAAAGAAGGGACAAGGAGAGAAGUCAUCGCUGGAGCAGGUGGUGCAGUAUGGACUGGUGCUCUGCGAGAGUCUGUUUGACCCUUAUCAGACGUGGAGGAGACGUCUGGCAGGGGAGGAGGUGAGUUUGCUGGAGAGGAACAAGUACAAGUUCUCCCCACUGGCCUUGCCGGAAGAGUUGCCUCCUCUGUUUCAUGAGAGUCUCCAGGAUAGUGAAAAUAUCCCAGAGCUCCUUAUACUCAGACUGGUUCAUCUCCAAGGUGCUGUCAUCAGUGGGGGAAAGAAAAAUGGCCUCCUUUCCGUCAGCCCUCAGUCUGUUGAGGACCUGUUCUCCGUCCUGCGGGUGUGGUGCUGCCGGAUCUCUGCCGAAUCUAAAGACACAAAGCUCCCACGGCUGACUCUGCAGUGCCUGACAGCGAUGAUCCACCUCCUGCAUUCCAGCAGUCCCGUGGAGCGGCAGGUGGAGAUCAAGACGAUACUGGAGAGUUACUUCCAACUCCUCAACUGGAACCGUCCGCUCAGCAUUGACCAGGAAGACAGGCAGAGCUGGGAAGAGAGCCUGAUAUCACUCCAGAGCCAAAUGCUAACUGCUGUUCCUGAGAUCCUGCAGUGCGCCGACAGACCCGUCCUGCAGGCCGUCUUCCUCAACAACAACUGCUUUGAGCACAUCCUCAGACUGAUUCAGAACAGCAAGCUCUUUCAGAGCAGCAGGUGUGGGCCGGAGCGUGAGGUUGUGUGUGACCUCACCACACAUUUACUCACAGAUGUCAAAGUGGACCAGGUGUUGGAGAAAGGAGCAGACAGUAUCACGGUCCAUGCCUUGGGGGUCCUUACAGCUAUAAUGAGCAACUCACCUUCUGCUAAGGAGGUUUUCAAGGAGAGGAUCGGCUACUCCCAGCUGUUUGAUGUGCUGAAGAGUCAAGGUCAACCCACCAAGCGGCUGCUGCAGGAGCUGAUGAACAUGGCAGUGGAGGGCGAGCACGUCCACGCUCAUCAUCUUGGCAUUAACAACGACCAGCCCUUGCUGCUGCUCCUGCAGUGGCUGCCUGACCUGUCGGGUCAGAGGGACCUCCAGCUGCUGGUGGCCCAGUGGCUGGCGGCCGUGUCCGGAGGCUCCAGGUCGUGCCGCACCGUGGCUGUGGAGGCUGGCAUGGUGGGCGCAUUACUGCAGGUGCUCUCGCAGCCCCAGAGUCUGGACAGACAGUGUGCAGACGCCCUGCUGGGCCUCUUGCAGGACUUGGGUUCUCUCUGUAUGAGACCAGAGGAGCUGAAGAGCCUCCUUAGACUCCUCAGGAUGGAUCAGGACAGCGGUGCAGUGGGAGGGAGGAUACACCCUUAUUGCACCCGCAUGAUAUGUGUGCUUUCAGCCAUGGCAGCCAGAGAGGGCCGGGACAGCGCUCUGCAAUAUUUUGAUCUCACACCGCCUAUGGCAGGGAUUAUGGUCCCGACAGUCCAGCGCUGGCCAGGGAGUGGGUUUGCAUUUCAUGCUUGGCUCUGCCUCAACAUGGACUUCCCAUCUUAUCACUCCGAGUUCUUUAAUAACAAUAAACAUCCUUCUAACACUGACAAGGGGUCUCAAUAUGACAUGGGAAAAGGGCCACGCAGAAAGCAACUCUAUAGUUUCUUCACAGCAAGUGGAACUGGGCUAGAGGCAUUUUUCACCAUGGAGGGUGUGCUGGUAGUAGCUGUUUGCACUAAGAAGGACUACAUGGCCGUUGCUCUGCCUGAAUACCCUCUCGUUGACUCACGCUGGCAUUCAGUGGCUGUAGUCCAUAUACCAGGUCGGCGACCUUUUGGUCAGAACCUGGUAACGGUCUACAUCGAUGGAGAGCAACAAAAAACUGCUCAGCUUCGUUUUCCAUCUUUUAGUGAGCCGUUUAUCUACUGCGGCAUCGGCUCCGCAGGCCACCGCACCACUACCACCACCACGUCGCCGAACCUUCCCUCGUCUUUCAUGUCCUGCCCGUCACCAGAGUUUGCCUUCCCACCCCACGCUCCUUCCCUCCUCCGCUCCCAAUCCUUCCCAGCGUCCUUUGCGGGAGGGCGGUGGGGAUCUAUGGCAGACUCCCCGGUGCACACCAUUUCAGCAGGACUGCAGGACACAGAGUGGGGAUCGCCGACAUCUCUAGAUGGGCUGCUGGGCACGGCCUUCAUCUGCCACGAGGCUCUGCAGCCUGCCCAGGCGCGAGCGCUGCAUGCUGCAGGACCCAAUCACGUUCCUUUAUUCAAAGCGGACGGAGAGUUGUCAGACCUCAACAGCAAGCUGCUGCUGUACUACACUCCACAGGCUUUUAAGGGUCAGAUAUGUCUGGAUCUGGCGCCUCAUCACCAGCAUGAUGGCAGACUAACAGGACACAGAGUGGUCAGCUGGGACACCAAGGAUGUUGUGAAUGUGAUGGGAGGAAUCGGGGUUUUGCUGCCGCUGCUCGAGCAGGUGUGUGAAGCUGAGCAGGUUUACAACGGCGGUCAGGAGACUUCAGACUUGCUGGGACCAGAGCUCACGUCCUCCCGAGGCCCCGCCGCUUUGCUGCUGCCUCUUAACAAAUCCGCAGAAGGCAGACUUGAGAGAAACAGCAUUGCUGCCUUCCUGCUGAUGGUGAAAAACCUGAUUCGUCACCACCCCGUCAAUCAGGAGAGUCUGCUGCAGUGCCACGGCCCCAGCAUCAUCGGUGCCAUGCUCAGCAAAGUUCCAGGCACUAUGAUGGACAUGAACGUUCUCAUGGCAUGUCAGCUUCUGCUGGAGCAGGUUUUUAAUGAAGGCAACAGCCCGCUGCUGCAGCAACUCUACCAGCACCUGCUAUUUAACUUCCGCAUCUGGACCAGAAGCCAUUUUGCCGUUUGUUUGGCACAUGUGCAAUACCUGUCAUCUGUGAUAAACAAAAGCAAGCAGCGCAUGAAGAGGAAGUACGGGGUCCAGUACCUUCUGGAUACUAUUCGGACAUACUACAGCGUGGAGCAGGAUGGCAGCCCUCUGUCUGAUGAGAAACAGACAAUUCAGACGUCUCUGUUUUCGCUGCUGAAAGAGUUCCUCAAGUCUCCGACACCAGAGGAGCUUCACAGCGUCCUCGCCUACAUCCUGACAGUGGGAGAGGAGCAGCAGGUGGUGAAGGCCUUGGAUGUGCUGUAUGAGCUGCUGAGGAGCAGCCCUCCUCGGGAGCAGGUGCAGGCUGUGCUGCUGGAGUGGGGCGUGGAGCAGCUGUACUGCCUGCUGCUCACAGCGAGCUUUGGGGACGAGGCCAGAGAGAGGGUGUUCAGGGUUUUGUACAAAAUCCUCAAGAGUGAGAAAGUCUCAGAGCGCAACAAGCAACGAAUCAAGCUAAAGGAUUUUGGUUAUCUCGGCCUGGUUUGCUUUCUUGAAGAUAUGCCUGUGUCCAUGAUAACUGUACGCUGUUUAUAUGAGCAGGUUCUUGCUACAGAUGCCAGUCCUAAUUUCAGAGACCUCCUGGCUGUGGUCUGUCUGUCGCAUCGAGCUGAGCUCACCGUUCGACUGGACGUCUGUCGCAAGCUCUUUCAUCUGAUCUACUCCAACGAGGAUUACGUGAAGCAGCUCGCCAAGCAGCCAGGCUGGCAGGAUGUUCUGACCAAACUCUAUGUAAAGGAGUCCUUAGAAGCCCACGCUGUGUGCAUCUCAGGCUCUGGCAACCACGCCUCCUUUGCGCCGAGCUACCGGCCACCGCUGCGCCGAGAGCAGUCUGUGGUCGUAGAGGACUCACGCACCGACAUCUACAUGAACUAUCGCAACUCAAGGGACAUCGAAGAUGAGGAGGAGGACGAUGAAUGUGGUCCCCGAGACAUCUCUGAGGGGUUUUCUGAUUUAUCCCAGUCGCCACCCAGUGGAGGAGGAGGCCAGCUGAAGAACUACGGCAGCUCGCUUCAUUUUAAGUCAUUUGAUUCGGUGGAUCAGGGGAGCCACUCCUCCUCCGCCUCCAAUCCGGUUGACAUCGUCUCGCCUCAGCCGGAUGACGAGGGAAAAGACUACCAGCCGCUCUCCCCGUUUGGCACUUCUCCCUUUGAUUUGGAGUUAGGAGGCAUGGGGGACACUGGCACACACACCCCAGCAGGAAGUCUGACCAACACGCCUUCUCCUCUGGAGCACUCCAAACCUUUCCCACCACUAAGGCCGAGGAAGAGCUCCAGUUUGUCUAAUGUACUGGAUGACACCAGCUAUGGGACUGAUCCUCCUACUGGAGACACCAUCUCCAAUACGUCCAAUCCUCAGCAGACCCCCGAGGAGGAGCUGUGCAACCUGCUGACCAACAUCGUCUUCUCCGUGCUGUGGAGUGGGAGUGGGGCCGAGGGGUCGGGGGACGCAGUGUGGAGGGAGAGGGGACAGGUGUUUUCUGUUCUCACCAAACUGGGCUCCUCCUGCCAACUGGUUCGCCCUCCUGAUGAAAUCAAACGCAGUCUUCUGGAAAUGAUGCUGGAGUCGUCCUUGUCAGACCUGAGGGACGCACAGGGAGUGUCUCUGCCCUUCUGUCCUAGUCUGGUGCGGCUCCUCAGGCUGCUGCAGGACUUCCUGUUUGCCGAGGGCACAAACAACCGAACGCUGUGGAGUGAGAAGAUAUUCGAAGGGGUGGUGAACCUGCUGGACAGGUUGCAGGCCUGGCACAGCACCCCCGGCAGCCCAGGAAACACAGAGCUGAAGGAGAUGGCCCAGAUCGGCCUGCGUAUCAUCACAGGAUACAUCCAUCAGCAGAACUCGCAGGUGUGUGAAAUGGCCUAUUUGAAGCUCCACAGUCUCCUGCAGACUGUUCUGUGUCUGAGCUGGGAGGAGGUCUGCUUCUUGCUGGGAAAGCUUGGCGCCCCCUUGUGGCCAGAAGGUCUAACGGAAGACUCAAACGUCAGUUGUUCUGAGACUUUCUCCCAGCUGGUCCCCAUUAUGAGGACUCUGCUGGCCCAGCACGCAGACCCCAUCACCCUCCAGGACCACUUGCCCAACUUGCCCAUCACCAACGGGAGCACCACCUUCGCCGAGGACCUGAAUGUUUACUGUAAAGCGCUGGAGUGGCAGAGCUUUUACCAGCAGAAGGUUCAGCCCACCAUGGAGCAGUACGAACUGGACACAUUUGGGCGUAGUCAUGAUAUCAUGUCCAAUUUCUGGAACUCGUGUUUUGACGAUCUAAUGAGCACAGCAUUUAAACGGGAAAAGGACAGAUCUGACAGCAAGUCAAAGUUUCAGGAGGUGAUAAUUGACCCCUGCAUGAAGCGAGUUCGCAGUGAGAACAACAGAUAUGUGAUCUGGCAGAAGCAGAACGCCAGCCAGCAGGGGGUGGUGUGGCAGCACUGGAGAGCUCUCCGCAGGCUGUUCACCUGUGAGAGGGGCCCGUGGGCCAACAGAGUUCAGCCAGAGGUGAAAUGGAAACUGUCCGCUGCUGAAACGUAUUCGAAGAUGCGACUCAAGCUUGUGCCCAACUACAACUAUGAUUCCCACAGUGAGGCCAGCGCUCUGAGGGACAACAUGGGAGCUGAAAGCCCUCGCAGCUCUGAUCCGAUCCCAUUGGCUGUUGCUAAGGAAGCGAAAGUAAGCGACAUGGAGGAUGAUCACUUGGAAGAAGAGGACUUCGUCUUUUUGGAUAACAAAGGGGAAGGAGAAGACGAGAAUCAGAAAGAGAAACUGGUUCUGUCUGAAGACUGUGAGCUCAUCACAAUCGUGGCUGUGGUACCGGGUCGGCUGGAGGUCACCACGCAUCAUCUGUACUUCUAUGACGGCAGCAGUGAGAAAGAAGAGACCGAGGAGGGAAUCGGGUUCGAUUUCAAGAGACCUCUGUCUCAGCUUCGGGAGGUCCAUUUGAGGAGAUACAACCUGCGACGGUCUGCGCUGGAGCUUUUCUUCAUUGACCAGGCCCAUUACUUCAUCAACUUCAGAAAGAAGGUACGAAACAAGGUGUACUCAAGGAUUCUCGGGCUGCGGCCUCAAAACCUGUUCUACUUCGGCUCCCGCUCCCCUCAGGAGCUGCUGAAAGCAUCAGGCCUUACUCAGAAAUGGGUUUACAGAGAAAUCUCAAACUUUGAGUACCUGAUGCAGCUGAAUACCAUCGCUGGGCGCACGUACAACGACCUGUCCCAGUACCCUGUGUUCCCCUGGGUUCUGUGUGACUACACUUCUUCUAAUCUGGAUCUGGAGGAACCCUCAGUUUUCAGAGAUCUAUCUAAGCCUAUAGGUGUGGUCAACCCACGUCAUGCACAGAACGUCAAAGAAAAGUACGAGAGCUUUGAAGACCCAUCAGGCACCACCGAGAAAUUCCACUAUGGCACACACUACUCUAAUGCAGCAGGAGUCAUGCACUACAUGAUCCGCAUGGAGCCGUUCACCACCCUGCAUAUCCAGCUGCAGAGUGGCAGGUUCGACGUCGCAGACAGACAGUUCCACUCGGUGGCGGCGGCCUGGCAGGCUCGCAUGGAGAGCCCGGCCGACGUCAAGGAGCUCAUCCCGGAGUUCUUCUACUUCCCGGAGUUCCUGCAGAACAUGAAUGGCUUCGACUUGGGCCGCUUGCAGUUAUCUCAGGACCUGGUGGCAGAUGUGUUGCUGCCUCCCUGGGCGACAUCAAGGGAAGACUUUAUCAGGAAACACAUGAAAGCCCUGGAGUCCGAACACGUGUCCUCCCACCUCCACGAGUGGAUCGACCUCAUCUUUGGAUGCAAGCAGAGAGGAGAAGAGGCGGUGAAAGCUCUCAAUGUUUUCUACUACUGCACUUAUGAGGGUGCUGUGGAUCUGGACGCCAUUGCCAAUGAGACAGAGCGAAAAGCCUUGGAAGGAAUAAUCAGCAACUUUGGACAGACUCCCUGCCAGCUGCUUAAGGAGCCUCACCCUCCUCGAAUGACGGCCCAGAAUGCAUCUCGGCGGCAGGCCCGCCUGGACAGUCUACCAGCAAACAUCUUUGAACACCUCGGCAAACUUCGGCCAUUCGUGGAGGUGGUUAGUGAUGGACUUCCUCUGGUUCAAGCACUGGUACCAAAGAAUCAGAAUCACUCCAUCAUGCAAGGCUCAGACACCUUGGUGACUGUAAGUUCAAGUGGCUUGAUUGGGACACACAGCUGGCUUCCAUAUGACAAAAACAUCACCAACUACUUCACUUUCACUAAAGAUCCGACGAUGACCAAUCCAAAGACUCAGCGUUUCCUGGCGGGACCUUUCUCUCCGGGAGUGGAGCUCAGCGCUCAGGUGCUGGUGGUGACCAACGACGGCCGUCUGCUGUUCAGCGGGGGACACUGGGACUGCAGCCUUCGCGUCACUCAGCUGGGGAAAGGAAAGCUGGUGGGCAGGAUCUGCCGGCACAUCGAUGUCGUUACCUGCUUGGCUCUGGAUCUGUGUGGCAUCUACCUCAUCUCUGGUUCAAGAGACACGUCCUGCUUAGUGUGGCAGGUUUUGCAGCAGGGCGGAUUCUCCAGCGGCCUGUCGCCUCGGCCUGUGCAGAUCCUCUGCGGACACGACCAGGAGGUGACCUGUGUGGCCAUCAGCACUGAACUGGACAUGGCUGUCUCUGGGUCAAAGGAUGGGACUGUGAUUGUGCACACAGUGCGACGGGGACAGUACCUCCGAACUCUGCGACCUCCUGGAGACAGCAACGUACGCGCCCCCAUCACUGCGCUCCAAGUUGGGAUGGAAGGCCACAUCGUGGUGCAGACGUCCCAGGAGGAACGCUCUCACAGGAAGGGCAAGCACUCCGUUCAUGUUUACUCUGUGAACGGCUGUCUGAUGUCCUCUUUCACCAUGGAGGAGCAGAUGACUGCGCUUCACCUGGUGUCUGAAUACGUCAUCCUGGGGACCGUGCAGGGCAGCCUCCACGUCCGGGAUUUAUUCAGCCUGGACUCUCUGAUAACGCCCCUGGCCUUAAGGGUUGCUGUGAGGAGUGUGUCUGUCACUAAAGAGUUCAGCCACAUACUCGUGGGACUGGAGGACGGGAAGCUAAUAGUGGUGGGGGCAGGGAAGCCUGAACAGGUUCGCUCCGGACAGUUCUCCCGUCGCCUGUGGGGCUCCACACGCCGCAUCUCUCAGGUGUCGGCAGGUGAAACCGAGUACAAUCCUGCGGAGAACGUCGGCAAAUAAGAGGAAUGGCGGCGCGAGGACUUUCCUUAAAAACAAAACAAACAAACAAAAAAAAAAAACUGGGGGAACUUUACUUAUAAGCCACUGAUAUCUCUCUGGGAGAGAAAUUAUACACUGAGCACUUUUUAAAAAAAAAAAAAUCCUAAAUGUUUUUAUAUUUUAUUGCAGAUUCCUUUAGCAGGUGUGCUGUUUUCAAUCAGCAUCAAUCCAAAGAGGCCUUGUUCGUCUCGUUUCUGGUGGAAGAGCUCGGGGCUGGGAGGGGCUUUCAGGCUGUAAACUCAUGAUGGACCGCGUGAACUCUUUGAGUCACAUUGCAGCGGAAUGACUCACUUUGAUGAACACUUAGACUCAGACAGAAGUGACGCUGUGAAAAUUACCACGACCUUCACCUCUUCCCCCUCCCCAAGCACCAUGCACAACUCCUUUUGUGUUGUCAGAGCCACAGCUGGGAUCUCUGCACUCUUUAAAAAAAAACCUCCUAAAGCCAUUGAUUGGCAACAGGAUCUUAAAACUCCUGGAAACUUGAAAGACACAAAAACGAAACCGCAGGAGACGUCGCUCGAGAUUUCCACGUUGCAAUACUGGUGAAUGCCACAAGAGGGGAGCGUUAGGCGGGAGGAGGCGGAGGGAUUGUAGAAAGCUUGUGAACCUCUGCUGUGUUGUGGGUUUUAGUGUUUGACAGAUGCUUCGACUCGCAGCAGUUUAUGGGUCUGCAUUCCUUUUUAGGCUCUGAGAAAUUAAAACCUGUUACAAUUAAAGCAGCCCUGCUUUAAUAGUCGAGUAUAUGAAAGAUAUUCACUUUUUAAAAAAAUGACAAUUGAGCUUUCGUGUCAUACAGAGAGAGCCUUCUGUUGCCUUACACACACAAUCGGCCUUUACGAACAGCUUAAUUUAACGGUUUUAGCGUUUUUGCAUUUUGCCACAUGCCUGUAUCCUUGUUUGAUUUCUAUCGAAUAAGUGCCUUUUUUUCCCCCUCCACUCCCAGGCCUUGUAAUAAACACUGAAUUCCAAUCAAUGAUGUGACACUUUUCUGCUUCAUUGUGACUCAGACGUGGAAGAGAUGUUCUGAAUGAAGCCAUGAGUAAACUGUUAUCUGUGUGAAGUUAUUCACCUCUGUUGCUGUUGCAGUGAAAAAACAUCUAAGGAAUGGCGUGAUGACUGUGCAGCAAGUUAAACAGUCCGUGAGGGAACUCUGGGGGAAUUUGCUUCCCGUCUGUUUUUCAUUCUUUCUUUCUUUUAUUGUCUUGUUGGUGAAAAAAGAAAAGAACACAAAUUAGCUGCCGUUUUCAUGAAAAUACAAAGGAAGCUACAUUAAGGAAACACAAUCUACUGUUGAAAAUUACAGUGCCUUGAAAAAUAUUCACAACCUUUAAGUUCUUAACAUUUUGCCACGAUACAGCCACAAACCUUCAGGUGUGUUUUUAUUUGAUUUAUUCUUUAUUAUUAUUUAUUUGCGCCACUAGUGAUCUAGGGCCACAAAAUCUUUGUAGCAAAACGUUAGCAGCCUAUCAGGAGGAAGAGGCUAGAGGAAGACAUGCAGGAGGUGAGCCAGGGUCAGGAAUCAAACCAGAAACAUCUGCCUAAAGUGUAGCCUCCACAUCUGGUGCGGCUGCUCUGCCACUGAGCUACGUGGUGCCCCAACUUAGUGUUUUUAGAGAGAGCAACACAAAGCAAUUGUUAAACGGGAGGAAGAUGCCGCAUGGUUUUCAAAACAGUUUCCAAAUAAAAAUUUGGAAAGUGCCUUGUGUAACUGUAUUCAGCCAACCUUUGCUUUGAUAUCCUUGAAUAAAAUCUGCUUCUAAGUGUCUCAAGAAGUAUCCCAGUUGGUAUAUAGAGUCCGUAUGUGUGUGAUUUAACCUCAGUACGAAUGCAGCCGUUUUGUAACGGCCCCAGAGGUUUGUCAGAGAAACUUAGCUAACGUAAAAUAUUGAGACCAAGAAGAAGAAGACCUGAAACGGAUCUGGAAUAAACAUGUGGGGGAGUUUAAAAUUGGGUUUGGUCAUUAAACAGAACCUCAAGUUUAUAACAUCUCAAACAGCUCCAGCAUUAGGAAAUGGCGAGUGUAUGGCAGAACUGCAAACCUACUGAAACGGGGCCAUCCAUCUGAAACGACAGGCCAUGCAAGGAGAGCAUUGGUCAGAAAAGCAGCCAAGAAUCCUAUGGUGACUCUGGUGGAGCUGCAGGGGGCCAAAGCUCAGGUGGGAGAAUUGAUAGAAGAGUGGCAAAGAAAAAAAAAACAGUAUUGAAAGAAGUCUGAUUAAAACUUCAACACAAGAUGUGUAGGAGAUACUGAAAACAUGAGGAAGGUGGUGUUAAAAGUUUUAGAAAACUUGAGAGUGGGCUUUUAUAGUUAUAAUCUAUUAGUUUAGAUUAAGACAUGUUAAUAUGUUAGAAUGACCUUGACAUAAACCCAAUUGAAAAUCUGUAGCAGUACUUUAAAAUGACUGUCCAGCUAAUCUUACAGAGCUUGAGCAUUUUUGCAAAAAUGUAUCCCAAAACUCUUGAAGCUGUAGUUACAGUAAACUGCUGACUCAGCGGAGCUGAAUCCAAUGUCAGCUGAACUUUUUAGAUUUUUAUUUGGCGAAAUUUUUGACAACCAUAAUUUUCCUUUCACCUCACAGCUAUGUGCUUCUUUGUGUCGGUCCAUCACAUAAAAUCCCACUAAAACGCACUGAGGUUUGUGGUCAUAAUGUGAAAAAGAAGUGUGGAGAAGUUCAAUGGGAGUGAAUACUUUUACAGUGGACUGUGUGUGUGUGUUUGUGUGUGUUUUAGAGACCAUCCAAGAUUGAAAACAGAGACAGUUUAAACCAAGUUUAUUUGAUAUUUGUUGUUUACAAUCCAUGAGGUCUUACCUCUGGAACAUGUUGAUAAAUGGGUUUCAUUUAUCAAAACCCAUACUACCUGAUCUUAAUUCAAAGAUAUGUCUUCACUUCAACUAAAUUUCCCUCUUUCUGUGAAAACUGUGUUAAAAACAGGCAGUGAUUGUGGCAUUGAUACUUAAUACCACUCUUUUCUGUGGAUUGCCUGAGGAGGACGGCCUGUUACUCCAAAUUGAGCCUUUAUUUGAGCUACAUGAGGACGGGGAAACUGAUCCCGCUGCCACAAUCAUAGAUCAUCCAGCUUCUCUACUGUAAUCACAGCUUUGCAUGUGUCUGUGAUUUUUAACCCUUGCUGGAGUUGAAGAGGUCACGGGGAACAGCCGUGGGUGGAGUGGAAGUGGGGGGCUUUGAUCUCCUGAUGGGCCGAACAUCCUGUCAGCCUCCCCAUAAACACCUCCGUGAGGGAACAAUUUGCAGUGGAGGGAGGAUGGGAUGGGGGAGCAGAAGUGGGUGGUAAAACUAGACCCCCAAUCAAGCUUUAGGAGGGUGAGGAGUCUGUGUGCUCACCCUGACAGAGGAGGGGGACGGAUUGACACCUCUCUCUUAGUUGUGGCCCCAUGUUUUUCUUUGAUCCAGCAGCCUUCCCCUCUCCCACCCUGCCCACUCCUCCAGACCAGAGGGCAGGGUGAGGGGAUGAAUGUAAUGAAAUACUAAAGGAUGCAGUGUAGUGAAAUUUUCCAGUUGCAUUUAUCAAACUCUACAGGGUUAAGUUAGUAAUAGUUUGGACAGAAAAUGUGUUUCCAAGGAGCCACCACCAAGAUGGAGUCUGAAACACACACCCCAUUCUUUAACACUGUAAAAUUUAGAGGCGUUUUUCACCUUUGAUAAGAUAAACUUGGGUCCUCAACCAGUCUUGUUUGUCACAGUCCAGUAAACUAUUUCUCUGACUUUAGAAAUAGGAAACUGUUUCCUGACCUGUGAUAAUCAGCGCAGACUUGCUCUUGUUGAAAUGGCAUGUUUGUUUGUCCUUCCUCUUUUGAACAUUUGGUCAAAGAAAUUAGCCAUGUGUCAAAUAUCAUAUUUAUAUUCUGAGGCAACAGAUUACUGAUCAAAAUUUUCAUAGUUAGCAUCUCUAAAAACAGAACCAGCUGUGCAAUCAUUGUUUAUGAAGUGGAUUU